AUGUGUUUAUAUCUAUCUAUCUAUCUAUCCAUCUUAGGCUGCUCAUAUCAAUCUGUUCAUACCAUUGUCUUUUCACAUCUAUCUAUCUAUCUAUCUAUCUAUCUAUCUAUCUAUGUAACAGGCAUUCUUCAUUAUUCUAUCCCCCUUUCUUUCUUUCUUUCUUUCUUUCUUUCUUCCUUCCUUUCUUUCUUUUUUUUCUUACAUUCUGUUUCAAUCUUUAGCGUGCUUUUUCUUUCUCUUUUCUUUCUUUCGUGCCAGUCUAUAUCAUUCUUCAUUAUUCUUUCUUUCUUUCUUCCUUUCUUUCUUUCUUUCUUUCUUUCUUUCUUUCUUUCUUUCUUUCUUUCUUUCUUUCUUUCUUUCUUUCUUUCUUUCUUUCUUUCUUUCUUUCUUUCUUCCUUCCUUUCUUUCUUUCUUUCUUCCUUCCUUUCUUUCUUUCUUUCUUUCUUUCUUUCUUUCUUUCUUUCUUUCUACCGUAUUCAUUCUUCAUUAUUCUUUCUUCUUUCUUUCUUUCUUUCUUUCUUUCUUUCUUUCUUUCUUUCUUUCUUUUACAUACUUUCAAUUCACACUUUUCUUUUCUUUAUUUUUCUUUCUUUCCUCCUCAUUCUUUUCUUUCUUCGUCCGUUUACUUAUGAUUUUCUCCUUUUAUUACUCUUUGGCAUCGCCUUUCAGUUGUCCAUCUGUUUGUUCUCCCUUCAUUUAACAUCAUUCAAGAGUUACUCUGACUGA